UCCCUUUUGCCUCCUCACCCUCACCCGCGCUCCCUCGCCUGCGCGUGCAAACCCUAUAAAAGGCAUCCUAGUCCCACUCCGAAUCUCCCCCAACUCCUUCCCCUCAUCGAUCGCCCUCCUCCUUGGCUCCCUCCCCCAGUCCACUAAUGGAGAUGGUUCUGCAGCAGAGGGCCGCCGGCGGCGGGUGCCGGCUCGGGCCGAGGCCGGCUGCCUCCACGGCGCCGUCGGCGAAGCAUGAGCAGGAGCAGGAGGAGGUGAAGGAGGCCGCGGCGGGGCCGGAUGCGGAGCUCCGGCGCGGGCCGUGGACGGUGGACGAGGACCUGACGCUGAUCAACUACAUCGCCGAGCACGGCGAGGGCCGCUGGAACGCGCUCGCGCGCGCCGCCGGCCUGAAUCGCACUGGGAAGAGCUGCCGUCUUCGUUGGCUGAACUACCUCCGCCCGGACGUGAAGCGCGGCGACUUCACCGCCGACGAGCAGCUGCUCAUCCUCGACCUGCACUCCAGAUGGGGCAACCGAUGGUCGAAGAUCGCGUCGCAUCUGCCGGGGCGGACGGACAACGAGAUCAAGAACUACUGGCGGACGCGGGUGCAGAAGCACGCCAAGCAGCUCAACUGCGACGUCAACAGCGCGCGCUUCAAGGACGCCAUGCGCUUCCUAUGGAUGCCGCGCCUCGCCGAGCGCGCCGCAGCCGCCCAGUCCUCCUCCUCGCCCGCGUCGCCGGCGGCGUAUCUGCGGCAGCAGGCCAUCUCCGGCGACGGCCACGGCCUCGGCGGCUCCGCCCUGAUGACGAUGACGAACGGCGCCGACCGCUCCCCCAGCAGCGUGGUCACCACCACCAGCUCGCCCUGCAGCUCGCGGACGUCCUCCGGGUCCACCGCCACCGUCAACAACGACGACUACUACAAGGCCGCCGCGCCGGCCGGCGGCGACGACUGGGCGGCGAUCCAGCGGGACCAGGAGUUCUGGUCCACCGCGUCGAACCUGCAGCAGCUCGCCGCCGGCGGCGACGACCAGCAGCUGCUGUUCCCGCUGGCGGACCUGCCGAUGAUGCAGGACCUCAGCGGCUGGGUGCAGGGCUUCUCCGAGGGCGCCGCGCCGGAGACCCACCAGCUAUGGAGCCUCGACGACAUCUGGAGGAUGCACUGAAUAUAGUUACUGUCGUUCACUACUAGUGCAAUUUUUCCCCCCUUGCUGUCAAUCAGAUCAGCCAAUCCGAUUGGGACGCAUGUAUGAUAGUACAGCAGAUGAAGAGAAGCUAAGGGAGACGACGAUCAAGGAAAGCAACAAAAAAAAAUGUGUUCGUUCUUUCUUUUUCUUCGUUCUUUAUGUUGCUCUGACUCUUUCAUAGAUACUAGUAUAGCUAUCAGCAGUGUACUGAGGCUGAGAUUUCUUCUUCAGUUUGGGUUGUUACAGCUCGGUUAUUUGGUUGGGAGUUUUUUUGGCCUUCUCAAGCUAAUCUGUAUGGUCCUCAUAUCUAUCUCUAUACAUGUUUCUAAAUGAAUUUGCAAGUGCGCUGAUGA